CCUUCAGAUCGCGCCCGGGAAGCCGCGCCCUUACUAAAAGGCUAUGCUGUGGGGAAGUUGUAAAAGGGCACGUCUGCCCCGUGUUGUUACAGCAGAUCUGACAGUGACAGUCUCUCCAGCCUCUCCAGCCGCAAGCAUCCUGCUGGCUUUGCUCCCGGAACUCAUCAGUUUAUUUUGGAGAGCGAAGGCAGGGGAACAGGUUGGGCAGUGCUGCUUGUCACACAAUCACAGUCUGAGUCACCAGAGAGAACUGGUUUGAAAACAAUCUGUUGAGUUUCCCAGGCGGUGGCUGGCCUCACAGGGAGCUGCAGCACUGCGGGUCCUUCCUCUGAAGAUGAGAGCUGGUGGCACAGUGUUCGGGGCUCUGCUGCUGCUCUGGGGCCCUGUCUCACUGACCCAGGUCUCUGUUUGUGAGGGGAGCCCUGAAGGAGGUUUCACACCGGAGCUGGUCGAGGUGCACAACCGAUCAGUCUUGAGAUGCAUCAACAGCUGCUCCCAGAAGAACCUGUCCUGUUACCUUGUUGAAGGCUGCCAGAGACCCCAGGCUGGAGAGUGGACGUCCUCUCCCUAUAAGCUCGCCGUCUCCAUCAUCUACCUGGAGGACAGAAAAGGGCCUGGCCUGCAGAUCAACUUCUCCCUGGCGCCAGAUGCUAACCUCCUGCACGUGAACAGGACAGUGAUCGAGAUCUCCAUGGCAGACAGGAGACACUGCGCGACGCUGCAGUACACAGGGAGCUUCACUGCACAGGUCAACCACAGGGGGGAGCCGUGGAGUUUCUCCUACAUCGCCUGCAUGACAGUGAAGCCUGGCCAGAGUCUGUCCGUCAGUCUGUACAACAUGCCCUACGGGUACCAGCCCCUCACCCGCAGCCUGCAGCUGCCCGACUGUGAAAACCCUCUGAUGAAGGAAUAUGCUGGGGAGUUGUGCCCUGCUAUCCUGAUCCACAGCAGGCUGAGCCGGGGGGUGCUGAAUGUCACCUACUCCAGCUCUCUGGCUGACCCCUCCUACCUCGUCUCACUGUGUGUCUGGAACGCACACUUCUGCAGCAGCGAGGACGCCAGCACCCUCGCCGCUCCGGUCAAGGUUGCUGGGCAAGAGAACAGUGUCAUCUUCCACAACAUUACAGCCCUGCCCUGCCUGUGCAUUUGGGUCAUCUCCAAGAUGCCCGGUCUGCACCACGAAGGUCAGGACUGCCCUUUCAGGGCCCGUUUCCACCUGGAUGUGAAGGUGCAGCCUGGACCUCACUCUCUGCUCCUGCAGCUCUCUGGCUUCCCCAGGCCCUGCUCCCUUCUGCUCCAGACUCUACUGCUCCACACGGACCGGGGUUCUGGACUGCUCCUCAACCUCACCCAGCCACAGGACAUUCUGGUAUCUGGUCCCCAUUCUCAGGAGUUCCCCCUGCCUCCCUCUCUACAGUACAGCUGGCCUGUCUGCAUCAAGGUUUGGGCGGAGAAUAUCUACAAAGUGCCUGCGAGAAUUCACUGCACCAGCCCCGUGGUGGCAGGCCGGACUGGUUCCAGGUGGCUUGGAGUUCUGCCCCUCUUCUUGGUGCUGGUCACCGUCGCAGCGUGCCUGCUUCUGCACUGGAAGUACAAGCGAAAGUCCAGUCUGUUUUGGGAGCUCCAGAGAGAGAACAUGCAGCUCCAGCAGCGUGUCCACUCAGUGCGAGUGCUGCUGCUCUGCUCCUGGGAUCACCCUUUCUUCCAGGCUGUGGUAGAGUCCCUGGCCCUCUUCCUGCAUGAGGAGUGCCACUGUCACGUGGCCCUGGAUAUGUGGGACCGCCGUGGCAUAGCGAAGCUGGGCCCCAAGGCAUGGUUGAGCGAGCAGCUGGCUGUGGCAGACAGAGUGGUUCUCGUCUGGUCCAGAGGAGCCUCCCUGAAGUGGGAGGCGUGGAGCUCGGGGCUGGAGGGGGAACCCGGCUUGGUGGAGCCCGAGUUUGGGGACCUGUUCACCCCAGGACUGCUCCACUCUGUGGACAGCUACCUGCGAAGUGGCGAGGGCAGGGUCUGCGCGGUGUGCUUUGACUCAGACAGCUCUCGCUCUGGGAUACCCUGUUGCUUCAGAGACGAGCAUGUUCACAGCCUGAUGUCUGGCACUAGGAAGUUUGUAAAGAAGCUAAGCCACAUCAAGGUGGAUUUCAGGAGGACAGAGUCUGGUCAGAAGCUGCAGAGCAAACUGAAGGAGUUCAGGGAGUAUCAGAGACACUCUCCGACGUGGUUCGAGGACUGGCACCAUGGACUGCAGGGAGCAGGGCUUCCCAAAACCACAGAAGACCCAAGCAAGGUGAGGCGUGAUGCAGCUCUUCUACACGGCUCCGAGUCUGAGGCAACAGCCUUGGAGGACGCUAGCUGUUCCAGCAGCACAGGCCAGGCUGAAGAGGAGGAGAUAGCGGAGAUAGUGAAGAUAGCAGAGAUAGUGGAGACAGGGCUGCCAUCUGGACAGAUUGAAAACCCUCUUCUGCAGAGUCGCCUGUCUGUGUCCUCUGGGCACGGCAGUCUUUCCCUCCCAGAAUCCCGACUCCUUCCUCCCAAACCUGAGCCAUUUCAGGACAAGGAGCUGGGGGCCCAGGUGGCUUGUUGAAGGAUCAGCAUGUAUUUGUUUAACCCGGAGUCAUCACAACCCAUUCAGGAUUUGUUUGUGUUUUUUUUUACAUUUUUAACAUUUGCCUGUAACCCUGGCCUCUUGUUACAGUCGUUGAAAGAUAUACAUGUAUCCCUAUGAAGAAAGUUCCGAUAUUUACCCAUAGAAAAAAAAAACAUGUAUUCUACACAGUAGAGUUAGUGAAAACCACACACCUGCUGAUCACGAACUUAUUCAAAGGUAAGAACGCUUCAUUGUGUCCAUUUUUCCAAAUGCUGGCAAGUGUGCAGCAGGUGUAUCAAGUAGCCACCUGUUUGCAUCAGUGUAGUUCCUCUACAUGUUUAAUUAGGCCAGGACUGUUGGAAAAUGAACAAGGGCUUGUUUUCAGUGGUGCAGUGCCACACCGCAUGCACACACCUCAGCAACCUGCAACCGCUCUGUAUCUUUGCUUUGCUUCUGGUGGCGCUGGUUCGAUCACUGUUACAUACAGGAAUAUACAGGAUGGUGAUCAAAACUUACACCCGAGGGCCAGCGUGUUCACAGCCAUGGUGGAUGCAGCUGAUCAAGACAAACUACCGCAUAGUCUUGUAUUACUUACAAUCGCUCGUUUUCGGUAGCUGCUUUACGAAUCUGCAGAAUGUGCGGUCUGUUUGCAGAGCCUGGAAUCGUAGGUUUGAGGAACACUGUGAUCCACCGCAUGCACGCUUUAUGUGAGGGUUGUUUUCAGGUGACUCUCUUCCACCACAGGAAUGCUGACACGCAGGUUCCGUGACACCUGCACGGAUUACUUACUGGUGCCAAGUCCAUCUCCGCUGUGACGUCACACCACCCCCUGCCAUUGGCACAUGGGUUAACAGACUGCGGUAUUCACUGUGUAAGCACGUUACUAUCAGCACAAGGGAUGUGCUAAAAACCUGCUUAAAGAUUCCUUCCGAAAUGUGUAUAUAUACAUUUCUUACCCAUUCUUUAAUAGGUCAUUUCAUGACAAAUGAAGUGAGGAAAAUACAGAUAUUAUUAAUGUAUUUACGAAAUAUUAAAAGUCAAUGUGUAUUGCCUUUCAGUUCAGGGCGGUGAGCGUCGGGUGUAGUGGCCACAAGAGGCCGCUAGAGGGUGCAAGAGAAACGGUGUAUAAACAUAGUGUUGAAAUAAUAGUAACAGAGUUACUAGGUAGAGGUUAGGUUUAGGGUCUAUAUUUAGAGAUUAAGUUUAGGGGUGUAAAUCGCAUAUGAUGUGGUGCGGACUGAAGUUGCGCAUAGACAAAUAAAUGGUGGUGUUAGUAACUGUAAAUGGGGUCAGGUGAAUGAAGGAGUAACAUGGCGGUACAGCUGAAUUGUAUUUCUAUAUUUUUGUAAAUAACUUUAGAAUGUUUUCAUUAUAAUAAAGGUCAAGGAUGAGAAAUUUGGUAGAAUGUUGUGUUUUUGAGUGUGUGAGUUAAGUGUUAAGCUCUUUUGCACCCUCUAGCGGCUUCGAGUGGCUACUGCAGUAAUGUUUUCUACCCCACCGUACUUUAUGUAUAUAUUGCCAGGGCAAAUGCUCGUACCCCACUGAGUACACAUUACAUUACAUUACAAAUAACAAGCCUAAACCCCUUCAGUCACUGUGUGCACAAUUGCAUAAUGUUAAGAUUCCUGUCUAUGUAUCUACUUCAUAAUGCUUUUUUUUUUUUCAAAGUUACGGCAGAGCAACUUCUAGAACUCCACAGAGUUCACUCAGUUUUAAAUUUGCUAAAAAUGAAAUGGAAAAUUCGUGACCGAAGAGAAUAUAAAACGUUGCAGAUGCCCGGGUGGCUCACCUGGUAAUAAAAGGGUCAGGUGGUGUGCAGGGUGAAUGUUUAAAAUAAACAUCAAUGUAGAUAUAGAAUUGAUUCUUUUCAAGAUACUUUUUUACUCGUCGAGGAAGGAUCCCGCGUAUUCAAUUACACUAACCAUAUAAACUGUACUGCGAGUAAAAUAAUUAAAAAAU